AUGGUAGAGAAAUUUGAUCGUCUAUCUUCCAAUGUCAUCCUCUUCAUGAUCAUUUUCUUUAUCCCAACUAUUCUCAUUUCUGCAACCCCUGCAUGCAAACAAAUCGAUCAAGACUCUCUUUGGUCCUCUUUUAUGCCAUCUUCUCCUUUGAAUUGGUCUUCGAACGAUUGCUGCAAAUGGGAAGGCAUCACUUGUGAUACAGCUGGUCGAGUUAUACAUGUGUGGCUUCCCUCCAAAGGGCUCAAAGUCAAAGGAGGUUUUUUUCCCUCAUCAUCACUUGGAAAUCUCACACAUCUCACUCUGAUCAAUCUCUCCCACAAUUCACUUUAUGGUUCACUUGAUCAAACUGAAUUCUUCUCAUCUUUGAGUCGUCUUGAAAUCCUGGAUUUGAGCUAUAACUUCCUAUUUGGAGAACUACCCCUUUCUCUUCCAUCAAUCCGAAGGCUGGAUUUGUCCAGCAACCACUUUCAUGGUUCAAUUCCAUCUUCAUUCUUCCAACAUGCUUGGAAUUUGACGAGUUUUAAUAUCAGUAACAACACCUUCUCAGGAAUACUUCCAACUGAUUUUUCUAAUGCUACCAAGCUCGAACAAAUUUCAUUACCUCAAAAUUCACUAUCUGGAGACAUAAGUGAAAGAAUUGUCAACCUCGACAGUCUCAGAAUCCUGGACCUCAACUCUAAUGGAUUCAGUGGCAUGCUCCCUAUUAGUAUUGGUAAGCUUUCCAAAUUGAAAGUCUUGCGCCUUCAGUUCAACUAUCUAACAGGAUCUUUGCCCUUAUCUUUGAUGAAUUGCACCAACCUGAUAGAAUUGAAUCUUGGAUACAACAAUUUGGAAGGCAACUUUUCAGUGCUUGACUUCUCCAAACUUAGUCAGCUUACUAAAUUAGAUUUAGGGGGUAAUUCCCUCAGCGGUAUCAUUCCCAGAAGCCUUUACUCAUGCAAGUCCUUGAAAGCAAUUCGAAUGUCCCAAAACAAUCUAGAGGGAGAAAUACAUCCUGAUAUUCUAUUGUUGAAAUCAUUAUCGUUCUUGUCGCUUGGUCAUAAUAGAUUGACCAAUCUCACUGGGGCAAUGAAGAUAUUGAUGUAUUGCAAAAGCCUAGUAUUCCUAGCCUUUCCAGGAAGCUUUGUAGGCGAAGAAAUGCCCGAUAAUCUUGGCAUGGUUGACUUUUAUGGAUUCCAAAACCUUCGAUUUUUAUCUCUAGCUGAGUGUGAGCUCACUGGUCAUAUACCUGCAUAUUUAUCUGAGUUCGAAAAGCUAGAGCUCUUGUAUCUUGGAAACAAUAGAAUCACAGGGUCAAUUCCUAGUUGGUUAGGGAAUCUUCCAAGGCUCUAUGCUAUCGACUUGUCAUUCAACCUCCUCUCAGGUGAGUUUCCCAAAGAGCUUUGUAGACUGCCAAUGUUGAUAUCGAAAGGAACUGCAGCUCAAGUAGAGGAUGAUGAUCUUGAAUUACCUAUUUACUCAGUCAAAGGUGCAGUGGUUUUACAAUACAAAUUGUCUUACUUUCCUGUAGCGAUAAGCAUGGGCAAUAACACCAUUAGUGGGAGCAUACCUGUUGAGAUUGGUCAAUUGAAGCUUCUCCAAUACCUGGGGCUUAGCAACAAUAACUUGUCAGGCAACAUUCCAGAUCAAAUAUCGAACUUGAAGAACUUGGAGCAGUUGAAUCUCUCUCGGAAUCAUUUGUCCGGAAAAAUCCCAUUAUCAUUUACAAGUCUUACUUUCUUGAAAUAUUUUAAUGUGUCGUACAAUAAUCUGGAAGGUUCAAUACCAGCAAACACGCAGCUCCAAAGCUUCAAUGCUUCUGCAUUUGAGGGAAAUGCAAAUCUUUGUGGUGCUCCACUUCCAAAUAAGUGCCUGCCGGAUGAAGACAAGGAUGCUAAUAGCAGGAACAGCCGAGAUGAUGAGGGGAAUGAUGACGACGGUGAAGUUCCAUGGCUUCAUAUUUUCGUUGCUCUUGGGUUCAUUGUUGGAUUUUGGGGAGUUUGUGGCCCUCUGGUGCUCAAAAAGAAGUGGAGGUAUGCAUAUUUUAAUGUUGUAGAUGUGUGUAUGUCCAAGCUGCAGAGAAGGCUCGGAUAA